AUGUCGGCCGCAACAGAUAAGGCUCGAUUUUUCCUUGAGAAGUCGGUGCCUGAGCUCAAGGAAUACGAGCGCAAGAAGAUUUUCACCAAAGAUGAAAUUUCCUCAAUCGUCAAAAAACGUUCUGAUUUCGAGCACAAGCUCAAUGCGCGCGGUGCGCAGCCAGUGGAUUUUGUGCGCUACGCCGAAUACGAAAUGAACCUUGAUGUUCUGCGAAAGAAGCGGGUGAAGCGACUUGGGAUUCGGUCCGCAGGUUUCAACGGCCAGCGACGCAUUUUCUUCGUUCUCGACCGGGCCGUGCGCAAGUUCCACGGCGAUAUCAACCUCUGGGUUCAAUACAUCGAAUACGCCCGGAAACAAAAGGCUCACAAGAAACUCUCCCUGAUCUUCACCGACGCUCUGCGCCUACAUCCUACCAGCGCCGAUUUAUGGGUCUACGCUGCGAAACAUGUCCUCGACGACCAUGGAGAUAUGACACAAGCUCGGAGUUACAUGCAGCGCGGCUUACGAUUCUGCAAGAGUUCGCGAACAAUCUGGACUCAAUACGCAAAGCUGGAAUUGAUUUACAUUGCAAAGCUGGUUGCUCGUCAAAAAAUCUUAGGUCUCGAUGAGGAGAGCCAAAAACCCAAGCAAAUUGAAUCCGAAAUUGAUAACCCCGAUGCUGAUAUGAUUGCCCUCCCAUCUCUUACAGCGGAGGACAUCAACCCAAGCACGGGAGAGGAUGGAGGAGUGGACCAGGUUGCGCUGCAAAACCUAAACUCCACACCUGCCCUGGGCGGUGCUAUUCCGCUCACCAUCUUCGACACCGCCUCAAAGAACUUCGAUAACGAUGAUCGGUUCAGUCAGGAGUUCUUCGAUAUGGUCUGGGAGUUCCAAGAUGUUCCUUGCCUUAACAAGAUUCUGGAACAUGUGAUUGAGACCAUGCGCGUGAACAAGCCUUCCAGCCCACGGACACAAAUCUGCUAUAUCAAGUUCCCGACCGCUGGAAUUCCCGUCACCUCGGCCGAAUUCCCGCGGGCGCUUGGCAGCUCGCUUGCCCGCCUUCGGGAGUAUCCCCUUGGCAAAGACCUUGCCCGCCAGGUGGUGAACUGGCUUCAACCCAUCCAGGCGACCAAGGAUUUGGAUCCUUCGUUGCAGCAGGUCAUUGCGGCUACCGCCCGCAAUGCGGAGCGUGCGGCACAGGAGUAG